UGUUUGUCAUAGAUUGUGUGUGGUGGACUUUGCUCAGUGUAAUUGUGUGCAAUACCUGAAGCAGAGUUCAAAAGUCUCCACUGUUGUUAGAUCUCAAGCUCCCAAGAAGUUGUGUUUCUCGACCAAAAGACUGGAAAAGGAAAAAAAGGUUCUAAUUGUUUUUUGGGAUAGAUGGGGGAGGAGGGAGGUUACCAGUUUAUGAAUGCUCUUUUUGAAAAUAAGACUCCAAAAUUGAAUGUUCAGGGCAGAAUGUUGGUAAUGCUGUGGUUAUUCGGUGUUUUAAUGUCAAACUCUUUAUGCUUUCUAUCCUUGUGCUGAAUUUAACCAUAAUUCUACAUUUUACAUAUAGAUACUAUGGAUAACUAUCACUUGCAUGUCAUAGCUGUGGUCCUUUACUUUAAUCUUCCUGGAUCAGUGGGAGCCAAGUCCCAGCGGAUCCUUCCUGCUACACAUCGCCGUUCAGAGUGCCAGUGGGAUGGGCAUUCCUUCCUGAAUUGCUCUUUUACCAGAAUAUCUGCUAUUCCAGAAGGUACAUCACAAAUAGCAAUUACAGCUGAUUUGAGUUACAAUAAUAUUAAGACUUUUGUGUGCUCUGAUGGAAGAAAUGAAGAGUGGAUGCUAAAACACCUGAACCUCAGUAACAACCUGAUUUCUGAACUCACCUUAACUACCUGUACAAAUUUACCCAAUUUAGAAACUCUAAAUCUCAGUGGUAAUGCCAUCCACACCCUCACACUGGAAAUGCCUACACCUGCACAUGGGUCUAAAAAGUACAGCAUUGUUGAUCGUCUCCUGCCUGCUUUGAAAGUAUUGUCAGUUGAAAGAAAUAAUCUUAAUACAGUUCCAAGAGGGCUAGGUCUCCUGCAGUCUUUACAAACUGUCCAUAUGUCAUCCAAUGCCAUACAACAGAUUGACCCAAAGGAUUUUCAAAACUGUUCACAGCUGAAGGACAUUGACCUGCGAAACAACAAGAUAACUAAAAUUCAUCCAGAUGCCUUCAGAGAUCUCAGCAAAUUACAGGUCGUGGAUCUCCGUGAAAAUGCUCUGACAAUCCCUCUACCACAGCUACUAGUCAGUUUGAACUUUUUUCAGCUUGAAGUGUAUUUGUCAAAGAAUGCCUGGAUAUUUAACUGCAGGCUAAAUGCUUUUAGACAUUUCUUUCAUUUUGUCUUUGACUCCACAAGGCAGAAAUGGAGCCUUUCAUACAAUAAGUCUGCCAACAGCUCCCAGAAACCUCUGCUGUAUCUUUCAAGUUUCCAUUUAAACUGCAGGGACAAUGUCGUGCUCAAAAAGGCCACAGUCCCAACAGGGAACACAUCAGUGCUGACCUGUAACUUGGACAACAUAAGGGGCAAUGGAGUCUCUUGGUGGACACCUAAGGGCAGAAUCUCAAAAAAUCACAGUCUUCCUCAGAUGACACUGAAUAAAAUGAAUAAUUUAGUGAUAUACAACGUUGAGAAAACUGCUGAAGGAUUAUAUUUGUGUCUUUUUAAUUCGACAAAAGAGAAAUACCUGAUUUACAAUAUAGAGGUGAAAGAAGGUGUCUCAGCAUUUUUGGUUAGAAAAGCCAGGAACACUCUUUUUAGAGAGAAAGAAACGGAGCCAAACUUUGGACUGGCUGUCUCCCUCUCUGUGCUCAUUACAUUUGUUUGUGCUUUUUGCCUGGGUGCUUUUGCUAGACCCUACCUGGAGAGGCUGUGGAGACGCAUGCGCAGGAACAAAAAUUCAGGUUCAGAACAGACGUAUUCUAACCAAGCUUUUUCAGAUGAAACCUUGAGCAGAGAGCCUUCUGCAAGCAAGCCAACAAACAUGCAGCGUAAUACAUUCAUUUGUGAUAAAAAUUCUUUAAGAAACACUCUGAUCUUUCCUACAGAAGCUUCUACUGCGUAUGAAAAUGUCACUGGCAGUGGUGUACAUCCACCAAAUCCCAAAGCAGAGUACCAGAAACAAAGCAAUACUGAGAUCAACAUGAAGAAAACACCAGCAUUUUCAGAAGUCCAAACUAGUAUUGACAAUAAUGAAAGCGUGAAUGUUUAUGAUACUGGACUAUUUUUUGUAAGGACGGAUUACCAGAACAGCAACGAAAUAACACCAAACAGCAAAGUAAGAAACAACUCUGGUCUGUUGCAGUCUGAGGUCACAAAAGCUACACCAGAUUCUCCAGAAAGAAAAGGUGUUCUUUCACAUCAUAAACCCAGGCAUGCUAGAAAAUUUAUGCAGGGAAGGCAAAGCUGUGAAGAACAACUUUGUCUAAAUAGCAACAAAAAUAUACCUAGUGAUGCUGGAGAUUUUACUUCACCCAGUAGCUUCAGAAGAGAUGCAGAUAUUGAGAAUUUAGGCCUCUAUGAAAAAAUAGACAACUUUCCCACGACAUUGCAUGACUGUAAAAGGAUACAUUCAGAUGAAAAAGAUGCUGCAGCUGAUAUAUUUGGUGACAGUUCUUCAGCUGAAGGGACUCCAUUCACAAUGAGUGACUGUAGCUCUUUAGCAGACUUUGAAGUGGAACAUCCUGGUGUUAGUGACAACCUGCCAGUGUGUCAGUCACCGCUCGAUGACGCCAACACGGACAGUGGAACUGAGAAGUUCGUAACACCACCAGAGUCUCCAAACUUUACUGCUGAACUUCAGCAGACUGGGAAAAAUGAAGAUGAGAACAGUGCCUAUUUUGAAACCACUAUUAAUUAUGGAUCAGAUCCCACCAUGCAGGAAACAGCAUCCCCUUAUGCUGAUAAAAGCAGUGGCCAUGUAAGCAUGUCAGAUCCAGAAACAGUUAGUUCUUCAAGUCAAGAAAUUCCAGUUACAUUUGAUUAUUUCACUAAUGCAAGGUCAACAGUAGAAAAUUCUAUUUCUGAUUCUUUCCAUAGUCAAAGUACAGAUUUUGGUAAGAUGGUACUUAAGUUAAAACCUUUUCUCACAUAUGACACAGAGAAAACUUCUGAAGAGGAUGAACUGCAGCUUUCUCUGUUUCCCAGAGAACCACAGCACUUCCUCAGCUUCAGUCAUACAGAACAAAAAGGAAAUGCACCAGCAGGAAGUACAGAUGAGAAUAUAGCCAGGAACUCCCCUGAAAAGAAUCAUGGUGAAGCAGACAUUAAUGCAGAGUCCACAGAAGAAAACUCUAUUUCUAAUUCUCUCCACAGUCAAAGUCCAGAUCUUGGUAACAUGGUACUUAAGUUAAAACCUUUUCUCACAUAUGACACAGAGAAAACUUCUGAAGAGGAUGAACUGCAGCUUUCACCUCUUCUCAGAGAACCACAGCACUUCCUCAGCUUCAGUCACACAGAACAAAAAGGAAAUGCACCAGCAGAAAGUACAGAUGAGCACAUAGCCAGGAACUCCCCUGAAAAGAAUCAUGGUAAAGCAGACAUUAAUGCAGAGUCCACAGUAGAAAGUUCUAUUUCUGAUUCUCUCUACAGUCAAAGUCCAGAUCUUGGUAACAUGGUACUUAAGUUAAAACCUUUUCCCACAAAUGACACAGAGAAAACUUUUGAAGAGGAUGAACUGCAGCUUUUUCUUCCCAAAGAACCACAGCACUUCCUCAGCUUCAGUCACACAGAAAAAAAAGAAAAUGCACCAGCAGAAAGUACAGAUGAGAAUAUAGCCAGGAACUCCCCUGAAAAGAAUCAUGGUGAAGCAGACAUUACAUUACAAAGAAACACGAGUACAUCUGAGGACAAUGGCUUUAUUUAUGCUCCCACUGGUUUGAAUGAAGUUGUAAAAAAAACUUCACUGCUGCAUUUCAGCCAAGAAUCAUCUCUUCAAUUGCUGCCUGAACCCACAGCUGAAAAACAUUUCAUGUUUGUUACACAGCAAGAUGACUUGCUACCACAGGAGGAGCAGGCUUCUGCAGAUAAAAUGCAAAGAGGCUCUGAUGAGAAAAAUUCUGAUGGAUUCACAGAAUUGCAGGAUACCAGCAAUCACAGUCUGCCUGAAGAAAUGCAGUCUUGUAGUUCUACAGCAGUUCUGGUGCAUCUUCAUAGUUCUGGGAAAACACAGUCAGAAUUCACAACAGAUGAUCCCUUCCAACUGGAUCAGAGUGAUGAGGAUGAAUAUUCCUUCUCAAUCCCACAAGGUUUCUUUAAUGAAAGUACAUCAUACAGUUCAUGUUCCUUCCCACAAAAGCCUACAGAAAAUACAAUCUCUGAAAGCACUGAUUCCAGCAAGAUGAAGGAUCACACUGCUUUGACAGAACUGGAGAACCAUUCUGCAACAACUGCAGAACACCUCCAAAAUUUCAGUGAAAAUCUCAGCCAAAAAAGUCGGACUAAUUCGGGACAGGACCAGUUUUUUGUUAAGAAGAAAAGAGCAUUUGAUGGAUUUGCUAAUAUUUUGCAAAGCAGGAGAACAAACUUCAAUAGCUGAAACACAAAAUGGUUAUACUAAGCUCCCACAGUGUUUAUGUCAUUACAGCAGGUGCAAACAUUAUUUUGUUUUAAAGUGAAAUUACUUUUAUUUAGAAGGGUACUCGCAAAAAACCCAAUAACAGACUUGAUAAAAAGCUAGUCAAGAAUAUUAAUAAAGCUUUUGCUGAAUUAUAUUUACUUUCUCAUUAUUGGUAGUUGUUACUAAUAUAUAAUUUCCCCUGGAAUUUGCUUCAGAUACUCAGUUUUGUCUUUUUGUCUAAAAUAAAUGCAAUAUGGAAAUUCACAUUAUUACUAUUACUGUGUUUUCUUAUGGGACUCAACCUAUACAGAGAAAUAGUACAUACUACUGUCUUCUUUUUUGAGCCAGAUUCGUGGAUUAUCUCUGAAUUCCCAGUGCAGCAAAGAUAAGUAAAGUCCAAGCAGUAUUCAAUUACAUUUCAAAAAUUACUUUUUAACUUGGCAAAAGAGAGAAAAACACUUUUCUCAAAGACACAGAAUAGAAUUCAAUUCUGCAGAAACGUCAUUUAUAGAAAUGUAGCUAAAAUGGGACAUCACCUGAAGUUUGCAGAUGUAGUGACACAGGUAGGGUAAUUUUAAAAGAGACAAAGGAUCCACUUGAGAAUUUUAUUUAAGAGGGGAAAAUCAAAAGCAGUUCAAAACUGCUAAUUCAGAACACCAGUAGCCAAAAGAUAGCAAUUGUAAGGUAACAUUACCUCUGAAUAUUGCCCAAGGCCCCUUCAAAAGAUUCAGCACCACUGCUGCAGUCCUUGAAGGGAAACGUCAUCAUGAAAGGGAGCAGACACAGUUCUGGGAAAAUGCAGGACCUUGGCUACAACUCUGGGAAAAGUCUUUCACAAAGACACAAUUAACUCCUAAAAACUCCAAACAGAAGGAACACAUUUCAAUUCCAUCACAAGAGGAGCAAGUCCAAUGGCAGACUACAUCACUGAAACUACCUUUAAAGAAAAAACUAAGAACAAAGCACCACUGCCAGUUUCAGUAAAGCUCAUUAUCCACACAAGUUCUUUGUGGCCAAAACAACUUUAAAAAUGCAAUGCCUGAAAAAAGCACUGACUCACUUUUUUUUCUAUCUGUGGGUCUUCAAACAUCAUUAACACCUCUCCAAGGACUGUCACCUUUUGGUUGUUGCAGCUACUAACAUGUUAAGAAAUCUAACUAUACAAGCAAGGGAAUUUUGUGAAUCAUGGGGAAAAAAACACACUUGAGUGCUCUAUUGGUAUCUCAUACACUGAAAUGUUUUGCCCUUUGCUUGUGUAACAGUCCAAUGGCAUUUCAAAAUAUAUAUUGAACAAUUAUUUUCUCAUCUUUUUUUCUGACCAUGAGAAUGCUGCAGUGGUGAGGCAGACAGUACUUGUGAGAAGCUGCAGGGUUUCUAAGAUUCCCUUUAUGCCAUAAAGUUGUGGAAAGUUCCUGUUCUUGUCAAACAUAGUAAAAUUUCUCCUUUAUAGUGGGAUUUUAACAUGUGGCAAAGUAUUCAUUCUACUGCCAAAAUAUUAUGCUUCAUCUCAAACUUAUCUUCAUAUGGCUGCCUAAUCUUGCCACUGUCCUUUGCUACUCACCUCUCCAUUCUAUCACAUCUUCACUCCAAUUCAAACUCAGCUGCUUCUCCUUCAUAUUAGUUCAUUAGCAAUUGCUCUUUAAUAUAUUUUGUAUUUUCUGUGACUUCCACACAGUACUCAUCACACUCUGCUCCUCCCUACACUCACCCCAUGUUAGCAUGCCCUUCUCUAUACACUGAGUGUAUAGUCCCACGCACACUGUCCCCAAUUCUGUACCCUCACAUUUCCUUACCUUUCAUCCACUCUAUCUUGUUCACACUGAAAAUUGAUUUAGGUUCUUUGGCCACUGAGUAUUUUCUAGGACACCUACGCUAGUAGGAUGCCCACUGCUGUUACCAUCCCAGUUGACUGUGGGUAAUCACACAAAGUCACAGAAUAAGCUGGAUAAAAAAGGUGCCUGAGUGUAGGCUGUAGGAAUUUGUAAAUGAAGCCUAAACAAUCAGCCAAGAGGAUGCUGGCAAUAGUCUGGAGGCUUCUCACAGGGCAAUGGCCUGCUGAGCUCCACAACUGACAGGACACAGAAUCCCUCACACAGUGAAUCAAGACAGCACAAAACGCAGGAGUUUUAAAAACAGAUCAAGAACUUCAAAUGCAGUAAUCAGGAUGAAACAAAACUCCCAUUUUCAGACACAUAAGUUUGAAAAUUGUCAAGUUAUUUGCUGUGGAUACAAAGCAUUUUAAUCUUUCCCGAAUAUGUUGAAAAUUUGGCUGGAAAAUAACCCUUAAAUACAAGGAGAAGACAUGCACAUCUAAUCUACACAUAAUCAACAAAAGAAACUUUUUUUGGAUAGUAAAUUCUUCAUGGUAGAGAAGACUGUGACUCACCCUCUCUGAUAAAUACAGGUAAGCAACAGCCUACAUUCUGAGAAUCGGCAAAGCCAAUCCCAGCCUAUCAGAAACAUAAACAUAAUAGAAAACUUCUUCAGGAUGGGUUCUGCAUUACAAUAUUCUAAUUACAAUGUGAAUAUAUCCACUUCAAGUAAUAUUUUAAGUCAAGGUUGGAAGCAAUAUCUGGAGGUCACCUGGUCCAAUGAUCCUGAUCAAGCAAGGCCACUUAGAGCCAGUUGCUCAGGACCAUGUUCAGAUGGCUUUUGAGUAUCCCUGAGGAUAGACUCAGUAACAGUGCAUGGCAGAAAAACAGAGCCGUUCCUGAUGUUCAGAUGGAGCCUCCGAGGUUUCAGUUAAUGCCCAUUGCCUCUGGUCCUGUCACUGGGCACUGGCUGAAGAGUCUUUGUCUUCUUUACACCCUCCCUUCAGAUACUGAAAUACUUUAGUAAGACUUCCCACAGCACCUUCUCUUCUCUAGGCCAAACAGCUGUCAGCCUUUCCUCAUAGGAGAGAAGUUCCCAUCCCUUCAUUUCCUUCUUCAUUAUCUUCAUGGCCCUUUACUGGACCCUCUCCAGAAUGUGACAGUGUCUCUGGUACUGGGAAGCCCUGAACUGGACACAAUACUCAGGUGUGGCCUCAUCAGGGCUGUGUAGGAGGGAACACUCAUCCCUCAGCCUGCUGGCAAUACUUUGUCAGCAUCAGGCAGGAACCACUCACCUUCUUCACAGCAAGAACUUGGUGGUGGCUCAUCUCUGACUCAGUGCCCACGAGGACCCCCAGUCCCUUUUCUACCAAGCUGCUUUCCACCUGGGUAGCCCUCAGCAGAUACUGGUGCAGGGGGCUGCUUCUCCCCAGAUGCAGGACUUUGUACCUCUCCUGGAUGAAACUCAUGUAGUUCUUGCCAGGCCUUUUCUCAAGCAUGCUGAGAUCCCUCUGGAAGGCAGUAAAAUCAUCUGGCUCUUCAUCCUUUACUUCCAGCUCUGCCAUAUCAGCAAACUUGCUGAGGAGACCCUGUGCCCCAUCACCCAGGUCAAUAAUGAAGCUAUUGAAGAGAACUGGACCCAGCUCUUACCCUGGGGGUACAGCAUUAGUUACUGGUCUCCAAUUACACUUUGCUCUGCAGACCACCACUCUCUGGGCCAUACAAUUCUCAGUUUUCACCCAUCUGAUCAUCCAUUCCAUACAUCAACAGCUUUUCUAUGAGGACCUUGUGGGUCAAAAGGCUGGACCAAGAUGAGUGGGUAACAAUUAUGCUUCUGUAAAAUUUUGUUGGGACAUUUCUGCUCAAAUUCACUUAUUAUUGAAAACUUUUGUAUUACAGUACUGUUUUACACCAACACACUCCAUUUGAACCAUAACCUUUUUGAUACAUGUACCUGUUCCCAACAGUUUUAAAUACUGAUUUGCUCCACUAUUAGAAACCCGGGGGACAAGAUCCUACAGACAAAUUCCCUGCUAAUACUUGAUAAAGGCUGUCUGCUGAUGUAUGUUCAGAUAUGAGAAUUUCUGAAGUAUGAAUCACAGAAAAAUCUGAAGUCAGUUUCUGAAACCAACACAAAUACUGUUUAUUUGUGGGAUGCCAUUUUACAACAACACCAAGAAAAGACCUAAAAAAUCAACUGGAUUAACUCAUGUUAGGUGGCAUAAUAGUAUUUUCAUCAUAUUGUGAGUCACAGGAGUUUAGCACACCUUAUUUACAUAAUAUGCAAGUAACUAAGACGUAAAGCAUUCACAGUUACAGGUUAACUGCUGUUCCUGCCACAGCAGGGUCAGUAGGUGCUACUUGGACACACGUACACAUGCACACACACAUAGUGGGGGAGUGGGUGAGGAUUUUAAAAAUAAAAGCAAACAAACAAAAAAAAUGAAGCUGGAUUUUGGUCUCAAUUACAGAAAACAAACCACUCUGUUUGUGGUUGGCUUCUAUAUACUUUUACAACAAUACGAAAAGACAAAAUAUAAGGCCUAGAAAGAGGUAUGUUAGCAGCUAUAAAUAAAACCAGGGCACAAGCUAACCUUUAAAGCUGCCUAUAUAAAUUCCAAGAGUAUCAAACUAUUUCUGAGACUUGUGACUAAGGGUCAACAGAAAUCUAGGAAAACCUUAACACAACUGAAGUCCAUUUCUUGUCCUUCAAAAUAGUAACUUGGGAACAUCAAUGAAGUAGCAAUAAGCUAUGACUAAUUUUGAUUGUGUGAGAAUAUUUCUGAUGAGAUAAAACACACGUUUGUGGUAAAAUGGGAGAAGCCUCUACAGAAUUAGAAAUGGCUGCAGAAAGAUAACCCAAGUAGUUAUUGUAGCAUAAAGACAAUCUUAAAGAGGUUUUAACUGAAAA